GUAGAAAAAGUUUUCACUGUGAGCCGCCAUUUUGGUUUGACUACUACUCGGCGCAAAAUAUUUUUGUCGCCGAAUAAUAUGCCUUUGUGUUAAUAUGGACGGCUUAUUUUACGACACCGGUGUAGCAGGAAGCAUUUCCUGUAUAUAUAAGUAUAGAGAAUGUGAAAAAGUAUAAGGAUGUUGUUGUGUUUGGCGCGGGAAGUGUGGAGACAGCGGUCAGUGAAGCUGCAGAGCUCAGUUGUGAAAUCCCACCAAGGAGAUGUCUGCCUCGCAAAGUUACAAUUUUCCCGGCGAUCCGUGGCUUAUGGCCACUUAGAGUGCGGUGAUAGUGUUAUCGAGUAGUAAUGAUGCAAUGUGAGUGGCGCGGGGACGCUGGAAGCUCAGGGUUGAGUGUAAAAGUGGUGUGUAGUGUUGGUUGUGUGUUGAGCGCGGUGUAAACAAGGACGCCAUGGCUGAGCAGCAGCUGGGCAGUGAGCCCCCUAACAAGCGGGCCAAGAUGGACGCCUUCCCCACAUCUGACCCCACCGAUGACUUUGCUGCAAUGCUGGAGAAUGCUCUGCCAGAUGACCUGAUGUGGUCAGGUGACUCUCAGGGUGGUGGUGGCGGUGGCGGGGGAGGUGUCAAUGGUAUGAUGGAAGGUGGUGGUGGCGGUGGUGGGGGUGGUCCUGGAGACCGCCCUCAACAACUGACUCAUCUCCUCCAAACCAAGACGCCACCCCAUUCCAUGGCUGGAAAUAAUGCAAUGACAACUGGGCCCCACAGUAUGCCCAACCAAAGCAAUAUGAUAGUAAAUGCAUUGACAAAUUCCAAAAGCCCACAUGGUGGACCAAUGCAGUCACCUCAAAAUUCAAAUCUAGGUAUGAGUGGUGUUCCAACAUCUAGCCAACAACUAACUAUGAGUGACUCCGUUAAUAAUUUGAACACUAUGCCUAAUAGUAUAGCUAAUUCAAUGGCUGCCAAUGUGACGGGAACCAUGUCAAUUUCUAUGGCCUCUAGUGGUGCAGUAUCUUCCAUGAGCCUUGUUAACACCAACACCUCAAUGGGCCUAAGUAGUAUGGCAAACAGCGCAGGCAUGGCUGGUGGCAUGAAUACUGUAUCCAAUAUAAACACUAUGAAUACAAUUAAUUCUAUAAACAAGUCACAGUGUGUGGUAACGACAAUGAACAUGAGUGGUCCCAUGGCAUCACAAAUGAAUGAUGGGAUGCCAAACGGUCCAUUGCCGGGACUAAACAGACCCAUGGUUCCGCCGAAUCUCCGAGGGCAGUCGCCACAGCCCAUGGGUGCUGUGCCUCAGGGAAUGGCACCACGACAUCCAGGCAUGGGUCCAGGACACUUGGGCCAAGAUUACAGGUAAGAUAACUUACAUACACUUAAUCAUGCAUAAAUAAUCUAGAAACUUAAUCACCUGAAAAAUAAUUUAUACCAUGAUUACAUGAUUGAGGGAACUUAAUUUGAAGUAAUUCUGAAUUCUCUUUGACCAACACAGCUCAGUUUGUUUUCAAG